AAAUUGAAAGUGGCGCUCUGCAUGGCAGUGGCGUAUUUGUCGCAUCCAGGAAAUAAAAAAAAAAUUUGGGUCAAAAAAUGGAUGGUAGAUCGGAAUAUACAUGGUCAUAUGCCGCUAAUUAAAGAAUUGCGCGAAAAUUAUCCUGACGAUUUCAAAAAUUACUUGCGUAUGGAUUCGGCAACCUUUAGUGCCUUGUUAGAGUUAGUUUCACCUAUAAUAUCGAAAGAGAACACAAUUAUGCGCGAAAGUAUAAGUGCUGAAGAAAGGCUCACAGCAACUUUGCGCUAUUUAGCUACAGGUCGUUCGUUUGAAGACUUAAAAUUUACAACUGGAAUUUCGCCAUCAUCAUUAUGUCAAAUCAUUCCCGAAACUUGCAAAGCUAUAUGGCAAGUUCUCAAAAAAACACAUCUUAAGUUUCCCACAACAAAACAAGAAUGGUGUAACAUUGCGCAAGGAUUUGAAAGUAAAUGGCAAUUUAUAAACUGCGGGGGAGCUUUCGAUGGAAAGCAUAUACGGAUUGUACCUCCUCCUCACACAGGGGCCAAAUAUUAUAAUUAUAAGAAUUUUUAUAGUAUUGUUUUAAUGGCUCUAGUAAACUCAGAUUACCAAUUCAUUUACGUAGAUGUUGGAAAAAAUGGGAGAAUUUCAGAUGGUGGUGUUCUGGAAUAUACUGAAUUUCAUAGGAAACUAAUAGAAGGUAAAAAAGAUUUGUUAUAAAGCAAUAUUAAAACAUUACUUAUGUAUUACAUACAUGUUAUUUAAUGCAGGACAACUAAAUUUGCCGGAUCAAGAUGAAACAAAGGGAAAGCUUAAUUUUGUUUUUCUAGGCGAUGAACCGUGUUCGUUACAUGAAAAUUUUUUGAAACCGUUCCCACAAAGAGAUCUUUCAUAUGAAAAGUGAAUUUACAAUUAUAGAUUAUCCCGGGCGCGAAAUGUGUCUGAGAACGCUUUCGGCUUGUUAGCUGCACGUUUCCGCAUUUUGCAUACGGCUAUACAUAUCACGGAUCCACAACGCAUAAACUACGUUGUUCUGGCUAUUUGUGCCCUACACAAUUACUUGAGUAAAAGCGGAACUUCUUAUGUAACGCCCACAUCAUUUGAUCAAGAAGAUUUGGUAAAUCAUGAAGUACACAUGGGUGACUGGAGGAAUGAUGGUGAAAAACUUCCCAAUUUACAAAGUGCUGGACAAAAAAAUUCCACAGUGGCCGCUAAACUAACCGUGACAAGUAUACGAAAUACUUCAAUUCAGAAGGCAAAGUUCAUUGGCAAGAUGCUAUGUUAGCAAAGGGAAAAGCUUAAUAAAUACUGAAAAAUAUAUGUAUAUGAUUUGCAUUAUAAUUACC